AUGAGCAACAUCAGCGAUUUUUCAACAGCAAACGCAGGACCACAUCGGACUCACACAGCGUUAAAUCGUCAAUUUCAAGCUGGAAAAAAUCAUGAUCUAUCGGCAUCAUCAGCAGCUUCCAAUAGUAAUUUAACAGAUACAAAUCGUAUUAUCCAUGUGUUACAAUGGAACAUUCUUGCUCAAGCAUUGUCGUAUGCAGAAGGCAACUUUAUUCGUGUAGAAAGUGACGUUGUUGACUUUGAUCAGAGAAAACAGCAUAUUCUUGAUCAGAUAUUGAUUCAUAAACCAGAUUUAUGUAGUUUAGAAGAAAUGGAUAUUUACGAAGCAUUUCUCAAACCUGAGUUAGCUAAACAUAAUUAUACGUGUUAUUUUACACCGAAAACAAAUUCAAAAUGUUUCGAAUUUAAAGACACGACGAAUUUCAAAGGACCCGAUGGUAUACUAUUAAUGUACAAAAAUGAUGUGUUUAAAGAAAUUCGAUCGAACAACUUCGAAUUACCUGAUGAUGGAAGAUAUGCGAAACAGAUGGUCUCUUGUCUUGAGUUAAAACACAUUCCAUCUCAAACAGAAAUUGUCUUCAUUGGCACACAUCUUAAAGCCAAAAAGCAAUUUGCCGAUAGUCGUACUCAACAAGCACAAGCCAUUGUUGAAUUUAUAAAAAACCACUAUUCAAAAACUUCGCAUAUACUAUUAGCCGGUGAUUUUAAUGGCGAACGCGAUGAAGAAUUCUAUAAAAUCAUAUUAUCGUGCGGAUUUUCGAGUGCGUACAGUACAUUGUUGAACGGAGAGCCAGAGUUUACUACAUGGAAAUUUAAACAACGUGGAUCAACAGAAAAAGAAGAAUGUCGCACGAUUGAUUACAUAUUUUAUAAUGCGGAGGGUUUCACACCUCUUGAAUAUCUAUCACUCCCACAGAAGAGUGAAAUUGGCACAAACGCUUUACCAUCUAGAAAUUAUCCAUCUGAUCACUUGGCUCUUGCAGUAAAAUUUUUGAUAUCUCCAAAAAAAUAA